CACUUCAUUCUUCAUUAUUUUUUUCAAAACCUGAAAUUUCGAGUUCUGAAAAUUUUCAUACUUUCACGUACCACCGUUUUCUCUCACACCAAAACUCUCUCUCUUUCUCUCUCUCUCUCUCUACACUGUUUCUUCAAUUAAAUCUCACAACGUAAGAGAGAGACACAACAACACAAACCUUAAAAUCCAACAACUUGUUUUCUUUUUCUUUGAUCAAAAAAAUCGUUUUUUUUCCUCUCCGAUCAAACCCAUCUUGAAGAUCUACUCAAGUUGUUGUUUUCUCAGCAUAAUUUUCGUGGGAAAUUCAUAAAGUAUGAAGAGGGCUAGAGAUGAUAUUUACUCUGCUUCUGCUUCUCAAUUCAAAAGACCCUUUGGUUCAUCACGUGGUGAUUCCUAUGGUCAAGGCCCCGGAGGUGGCGGUGGCGGUGGUGGAGGUGGAGUUAACGGAGGAGGAGGAGGAGGUGGGGGAGCAACUACCUCCCAGAAAUUGACAACCAAUGAUGCUUUAUCCUAUUUGAAGGAAGUGAAAAACAUGUUUCAGGAUCAAAAAGAAAAAUAUGACAUGUUCCUCGAGGUCAUGAAAGAUUUCAAGGCUCAAAAGACUGACACUACUGGUGUCAUAGCAAGGGUUAAGGAACUAUUCAAAGGUCACAACCAUUUGAUUUUUGGAUUUAACACUUUCCUGCCAAAGGGGUAUGAAAUAACACUUGAUGAGGAUGAGGACGAAGCUCCUCCGAAGAAAACAGUUGAAUUUGAAGAAGCUAUUAGUUUUGUGAACAAGAUUAAGAAACGUUUCCAAAAUGAUGAACAUGUUUACAAAUCAUUUUUGGACAUUUUGAAUAUGUAUCGCAAAGAGCACAAGACCAUCACUGAGGUUUAUAGUGAGGUUGCUACCCUUUUUAAGUCGCAUGGAGAUUUGCUCGAUGAGUUCACUAGAUUCUUACCAGAUAAUUCUUCAGCACCUUCCACACAGCAUGCUCCAUUUGGUCGAAAUUCAAUGCAGCGCCUCAAUGAGCGGAGUUCUAUGGCACCCAUGAUGCGGCAAAUGCAAGUAGAUAAGCAACGAUAUCGGCGAGACCGAUUUUCUUCUCAUGAUCGUGAUAUAAGUGUUGAACGUCCUGAUCUGGAUGAUGACAAAACAAUGAUGAACUUUCACAAGGAGCAGAGGAAGCGUGAGAGCAGGGAUAGAAGGAUGCGCGAUCACGAUGAUAGAGAACAUGAUCUUGAUAACAGCAGGGAUUUGCACUCACAACGCUUUCCUGACAAAAAGAAAUCUGUUAAGAAGACUGAAGCUUAUGACUUUGCUGCUCAUGAUGAUAAAGAUGGAAUGAAGCCAGUCAUGUAUAGUCAAGCAAUCAGUUUCUGCGAUAAAGUUAAGGAGAAGUUGAGCAGCGCUGAGGACUACCAAACAUUCUUGAAGUGCCUUAAUAUUUUUGGCAACGGAAUUAUAAAAAAGAAUGAUUUACAAAAUUUGGUGACCGAUUUACUUGGAAAGCAUUCUGAUCUCAUGAGCGAAUUCAAUGAUUUCUUAGAGCGUUGUGAAAAUAUUGACGGGUUCCUUGCUGGUGUCAUGAGUAAAAAGCCACUUGCUGGUGAUGGUCAUUUAUCUCGAUCAUCCAAGUUGGAGGACAAAGAACAUAGGCGUGAGACGGAUGGAGGUAAAGAGAAGGAAAGAUACAAGGAGAAGUACAUGGGAAAAUCCAUUCAAGAACUUGACCUUAGCGACUGCAAACGUUGUUCUCCGAGCUACCGGCUUCUACCGGCCGAUUAUCCAAUUCCUACUGCUAGUCAGCGAUCUGAGCUUGGUGCACAUGUACUGAAUGAUCACUGGGUAUCUGUGACUUCCGGAAGUGAGGAUUACUCUUUCAAACAUAUGCGCAGGAAUCAAUACGAAGAAAGCUUAUUCAGAUGUGAAGAUGACAGGUUUGAGCUGGACAUGUUAUUAGAGUCUGUGAGUUCCGCUGCUAAACGAGCUGACGAGUUAUAUAACAGCAUUGUUGAAAAUAAGAUUAGUGUGGAGAGUCUAAGCCGUAUUGAAGAUCACUUCACUGUUCUGAAUCUAAGGUGCAUUGAACGCCUAUAUGGUGACCAUGGUCUUGAUGUCUUAGACAUACUGCGUAAGAACCCAACUCAUGCUCUGCCUGUAAUAUUGACUCGAUUGAAGCAGAAACAAGAGGAGUGGAAUAGGUGUCGUUCAGAUUUCAAUAAAGUUUGGGCUGACAUUUAUUCUAAAAAUCACUACAAAUCACUUGAUCAUCGUAGCUUCUAUUUCAAGCAACAAGAUUCAAAGAACUUGAGCACAAAAUCUUUGGUGACUGAGAUCAAAGAAAUUAAAGAGAAGCAGCAGAAAGAGGAUGACAUCGUUCAGACUAUUGCUGCAGGAGCUAAACAUCCUCUCAUUCCACAUUUUGAGUUUGACUUUUCUGAUGCUGAAAUUCACGAGGACCUGUAUAAACUUGUUCGUUAUUCAUGUGAGGAAGUAUUCCAAAGUAAAGAGUUAUUCAAUAAAAUUAUGAGGCUCUGGAGUACCUUCUUGGAACCGAUGCUUGGUGUAACUUCCCAAUCUCAUGAGACGGAAAGGGCCGAGGACAGGAAAGUAGGACAUAACGCUCGAAGUUCUGUUGCACCUAACGUAGGAGGUGAUGGAAGCCCUAACAGAGAGUCGAAUUCAAGGCUACCAAAAUCUGACAAGAAUGAAGUUGAUGGUAGAGUAGGUGAAGUUAAAAAUGGUCACCGGACUAGUGUAGCUGCCAAUGAUAAAGAAAAUGGUUCUGUUGGUGGCGAGCUUGUUAGUAGAGAUGAUCAUUUAAUGGAUAAUAAAGGGCAGAAAAGUGUUGAAAGCAGUGAUAAAGCCCCUGGAUUUGUUAAACAGUUCUCCUCUGAUGAACAAGCAGCGAGAAACUCUGCAUCUGUCACAAUUAGAGGCGAAAGCAGUGUGCAUAUGUCCCCAGGUCGCGUACUUACUCCAACCCGACCUACUGAUGCUGAUGUCUCUGUUGCUGUAGUCAUAGCCAAGUCUCCGAGUGUUAAUGUACCUUUGGUGGAGGGCGUUGCCGCUGCACCUCCAGUACCAGUGGCCAAUGGCGUGUUAGUUGAGAACAGUAAAGUUAAAAGCAAUGAAGAAUCUUCUGUGCCUUGCAAAGUUGAAAAAGAAGAGGGUGAGUUAUCCCCGAAUGCUGACUCUGAGGAGGAUAACUUUGUUGCCUAUGGAGAUUCAAAUGCACAGUCAAACCAGAAUGACGAUAGAAGGAAAUACGAGUCUAGAAAUGGGGAGGACGAGCACCGUCCAGAGGCUGGAGGUGAUAAUGAUGCAGAUGCUGAUGACGAAGACAGCGAAAAUGUUUCUGAAGCUGGUGAAGAUGUGUCAGGAAGUGAGUCUGCUGGUGAUGAAUGCUCCCGGGAAGAUCAUGAGGAGGAAGAUAUGGAACAUGAUGAUGUUGAUGGUAAAGCCGAAAGUGAAGGUGAAGCAGAGGGGAUGUGUGAUGCUGAUGCACAAACUGGAGUAGAUGGCUCAUCUUUACCGUUAUCAGAGAGGUUCCUGUCAACUGUGAAACCUCUCACAAAGCAUGUAUCUGCAGUUUCAUUUGUUGAAGAUGUGAAGGAUUCAAGGGUGUUUUACGGAAAUGAUGAUUUCUUUGUUCUCUUUAGGCUUCAUCAAAUUCUUUAUGAAAGGAUCUUAUCUGCAAAAGAAAAUUCAACAAGCGCUGAAAUUAAAUGGAAAACAAAAGAUGCUAGUUCCACAGAUCUUUACGCAAGAUUUAUGGAUGCAUUGUACAAUUUGCUCGAUGGAUCCGCCGAGAAUGCCAAGUUCGAAGAUGAAUGUCGAGCAAUUCUUGGAAACCAGUCUUAUGUGCUAUUCACAUUGGACAAGUUAAUAUAUAAAUUAAUCAGACAGCUUCAAACUGUUGCAACCGAUGAGGAAGACGCUAAGCUUCUCCAAUUAUACGAGUAUGAAAAGUCUCGAAAACCUGGGAAAUUAAAUGAUUCAGUGUAUCAUUCAAAUGCGCAUGUCAUCCUUCACGAGGAGAACAUAUAUCGUUUUCAAUGUUCAUCUAGUUCCUCUCGGCUCUCCAUCCAGCUCAUGGACAAUAUGAAUGAAAAGCCCGAGAUUGCUGCUGUUGCUGUUGAUCCAGAUUUUUCAUUUUAUCUGCACAAUGAUUUUCUGUCUGUCCUCCCCGGCAAAAAGGAGCCUCAUGGCAUUUUACUGGAAAGAAACAAACCAAAAUAUGGGGACUUAGAUGAGCUUUCUGCAAUUUGUGCUGUAAUGGAAGAUGUCAAAGUAGUUAAUGGAUUGGAAUGCAAGAUAUCUUGCAACUCAUCCAAGAUUUCUUAUGUUCUUGACACACAAGAUUUUUUCUUCCGACCAAGAAGGAAAAGGCGAACAUCAUCAACAACAUCAUCAUCAUCAAGUACAGCAUCUUCUCGGUCUCGCAGGGAAAGAGAGGAAAGAUUCCGCAAAUUGAUGGCGUCCUCCACCUAAACUGUAAAUUCAUGAUGAAGAAUUCAUACACAUACUUGUGUUCAUACAAGAGUCUUGAUGUGGCAACAACCUAGGAAAAAUAACAUUUUUAUUUUUAGUCAUAAUGUUACUUGAAUUUUCAUAUUAAAAAGUGAAGGAGGGAAAUAUUCAUAUAGGAAUGUGUAAUCUGUAUGAGGUCACAUGUAUCAAUGAGUGUCACUCCUUUGUAAAUAGUUUGCAUCAUAUUAUUUAUUUGUAGAGUAUUGUACCAAAUUGAUAUUUUUCUUCAAUGGUUGCAACAAUGUUGUUUAAUGUUGCUUCAACCCUUCUAAGAAGGUUAUGUGGUUCUUAUUUUA